GCGAGUUUUCUUUUCAGUUAACUUUUGUCCAAUUCAAUUGACAUCAAUUGCUUAAGCUACCCCUAUUCCUUUAACAUAUACAACAAGGAAUCUCGAGAAUGACGAGCAAGAUCGCUGCAAAAGUUGAGCUUGUCCCCUGGGACCAUACAUCCGAUGCGCAUCGCGAGAGAUUGGUGCAGCAGCGAAUUGGUUGUGGGUGGAUGGAAGAUGCCAUUGAGGCGUGGAGAGACAUGACGGUUAAGGGGACUAAGACUAUGUAUUGGAUUCUGUUAGCUGAUGACUACCCUGAUCGAGACGGACUUAUUGCCGCGCACACGAAGCGAUAUCCGCAGGAAGCCAUCCCUAUCGUUGAUAGUGCAUCAAUACAUUGGGGCUUGCCUCGUCAAGCAUCGCAGCAGCCCAUCAUCCCCAUUGGGCACAUUGGGCUGGGUCUCCGCCCCGAGAAAAAUGUGGAGUUAGGCCUUCCCGCUAGGGGUUCCGUGUGGAUUGGACCCUUGUAUGUAUCAUGGGCACUCCAGGGAACUGGGCUUGGCCGCGCGACGAUGCGAGCAGCCGAAUCACUAGCUUUGAGCCCGGUGUUCAAUGCAGAGACGACCGCGCUAGACGCGAUUACCGAAAAAUCGCAGUUUGACCCGGGGCUACUUGAGCUACAUUACUUCGCGAAGGGAAACCCGAAGCCGGCGGUAUCUAACGAAGCUUGGUAUCGAAAGCAAGGCUACGAGGAGUUUGCUUAUAAUCCGGAUUCUUACUCGUGGCUGAACACAAAGACAGGCGAACAGGUGCCCCUGCCUAGCAUCUUCUUCAAGAAGAGCCUAAAGGGGUAGUUGGUUUGCGAAGAAGAGAAACAUAGUCCCUAAGCCAUCGCAUAGCUCUAUUUGCGACUUUGCCCACCUGAGAUAGGUGCUUGGCAGCUAUCCAUUGCUCGCCAUCCUAUAUAUUCUACUAGGGUGGACGAGUCCCGACAAGCUUCCGGAUGGACGAUUCGAGUAGCGGUACUACCGACCUCCUAUAUAUCUAUGGU